ACAGUGGUCCGUCCUCGCCCCUUUCUGCAUGAAUCUGAAAUGUGUCAUGACUUCUCUGUCAACAAUGGAGAUUAUAGAGUUGCACAAAAGACCAGCUGCUGCAGUGGAGACCUCUGCAACGCCCAGAUUAACAACACAAAACCUGUCUUCAAGUCAAAUGGCAGAAGGUGCUUCAGCUGUGAUGGAGAAAACUGCAUGAAAACUGUUAGCUGUGCAGGGGAUGAAAACUACUGCGUCAAAGCAACAGGAAAUCUACAAGGAGUAAGUCUGAUGUCGAAAGGAUGUGCCUCUGAGUUGAUCUGCUCAGAUCAGUUUUCUUCACUGUUGAAACAGUCCACUUCAGAGAUCCCUGGAUACUUCACUGGACCAAAGAUUAGUUGUUGCGAAGGCGACUACUGCAACAGCGCCAGCAGCGCCAGUCCCAUCCUGAUGCUGCUGUUGGUCCCUCUGUUGUUUUCUGCCUUAUUUUCUUAGCUCACAGAAAAUACUGCAUUGCUGCCAUGUUAUCUUUAUAAUCACAAUUUAUUUGAUAAAUGUGAUCAUUUUAUAUGAUUCUAUAAAAAAUUUGGUCAGCUUAGCUAAAUUUUGGAAUUAACAACAUUCUCUAUAUUUUGUUGUAUAUUAAAAAUAGCUUAAUCAAUAAACGCAAAAUUGUUUUGAAAUUCCAGUACUUUUCUGUUGAGAUUUGAAACAAGAAAAUUACUUGAUGUUAUGUGAAAUAAACAUUUUCCAUUUUCUUUGUUUUAAUAUUAAAAAGUUUUUUGUAAUUAAAGAGAAGCUAAAAACUUUCAGAGUAUAAUAUAGUAGACCUUCAACCGAGAAAGAGUCACACAGAGAGAAAGUAGCUGUCUGACUUUCUUAGUUCGUAGAAAUAAUUGCAUUGCUACCAACUUUUAAAAGCAUAAUUCAUGUGAUAAAUCUAUUAUUUUUCUUUGAACAGAUUCUACAGAAAUUCAGUUUGGUAAGACCAAACAAAAUGUAAAUGUCAACACUCCUUUAUUGCUGUUGCAUACUAAAAAUAAAUAAAAAAUCACAAAUAAAUGCAAAAAAUA